CCAAACAGCAGCAAGCAGUAAGCUUGGUAGCUCGGCUAGUCCGCUCAGAGCUCGGCGCGGCGCCAUGGCGGCAGCUCAUAUUGCACUCCUCGUCGUCGUCCUCGCCGCGCGCCACGCUCUCCUGGCGGCGGGGAGCGACGCGCACCCGGGGUACGACGCCACGGAGGACACCUGCGGGGUCCCGGCGGCGGAGUACGGCGGCGGGAGGAUCCUGGACAUCACCCACGCGUACCGCCCCGACAUGCCGGAGUUCGCGCUGGGGGAGGUGACGGGGCCCCUGGUGCGGCUCAGGGACUCCAUGGCGGACGGGUCGGUCUGCAACCUGUCGGAGCUCAGGAUGCACUGCCACAUGGGCACCCACGUCGACGCGCCGGGCCACAUAAACCAGGCCCACUUCGCCGCCGGCCUCGACGUCGACAAGCUCGACCUCGAGGUCCUCAACGGUCCCACACUAUUGGUUGAUACUCCAAGAAACACAAAUAUAACAGCAAAGGCAAUGGAGUCGUUAAACAUACCAAAAGGUGUUCGUCGAGUUCUUUUCAGGACAUUGAAUACAGAUAGGAAGCUCAUGUGGAAGAAGGGUGAUCUGAGCUAUGUCGGAUUCACUGAGGAUGGAGCCCAGUGGUUAGUUGACAACACUGACAUCAAGCUAGUUGGUAUUGAUUAUCUGUCAGUUGCAGCAUAUGAUCACUUGAUCUCUGCCCAUGUGGUCUUUUUCAAAAUUCCGAAUAUCAUCCUAGUUGAAGGCCUGAAACUAGAUGAUGUCCAGGCUGGAAUCUACAUGCUGCACUGCUUACCCCUGAGGCUGGUUGGGUCCGAGGGCUCACCAAUCAGGUGCAUCCUGAUCAAGUGAUCCCUUCAUCGUUGCUGUUGUUAAUGGCGACCCUGCAGAUCAUGGCAGCUGGUGCUGCUAUUUUAUUACAUCUUGGCUGGGGCCUUCAGAAGUUCAGAGUGCAAAGGCCCGUUCUGUAGAAAAAUAAUAAUAAAUGUAAAAGUAGAUAUGUUGUUUGUACGGCCAGUAUAAUAAUUUAAUAAGGCUAGUAUUUUUCAAUUUUUCAUCUACAAUGAAUAAUACAACAGAUACGAGGAGUUUGGUGAAAAAACUGACAGGCUCAUAUAGCAGUUACCGAGUUGGACAGUUGAUUAGUAUAGCUA